GGAACAACCCAGAACCGAGUUCACGUCUCCUCUCACGUUCUGUGUUCGGUGUCCGCCGGUUCAGAUGAAAGAACUCAGCCGUAACUCGGGGAGCGUUUUAUAAGUCGGGCUAACCAUCACACACGUCUCCAGAUUGUACACACAUCCCGUCGGGCGGCGGAGGGAACGUUUACUCGGCUGGUUUGACACAUUGUGAAUAAACAGAAAAGACGCGUAGAGGGGGGAAGAUGCUGAUGAAGGAGUACAGGAUAUGCAUGCCCCUCACAGUAGAGGAGUACCGGAUUGGACAGCUGUACAUGAUCAGUAAACACAGCCAUGAACAGAGCGAUCGAGGGGAAGGAGUGGAGGUUGUUCAGAAUGAACCAUAUGAAGACCCAACGCAUGGCCAAGGACAGUACACAGAGAAGCGAGUCUACCUCAACAGUAAAUUACCCAGCUGGGCUCGAGCAGUGGUUCCUAAAAUCUUCUAUGUAACAGAGAAGGCAUGGAACUACUACCCUUACACCAUAACAGAAUAUACUUGCUCAUUCCUGCCAAAGUUUUCCAUCCACAUAGAGACAAAAUAUGAAGACAACAAAGGAUGCAAUGACAAUAUCUUUGACACUGAGCUAAAGGACCAGGAGAGGGAAGUCUGCUUCAUCGACAUCGCCUACGAUGAGAUCCCAGAGCGCUACUAUAAAGAGUCUGAGGACUUAAGAUAUUUCAAGUCUCAGAAGACAUCGCGAGGGGUGCUUCAGGAAGGCUGGAGGGACACGCAGGAUCCCGUCAUGUGCUCAUACAAACUUGUCACAGUAAAGUUUGAGGUGUGGGGUCUGCAGACACGAGUUGAGCAGUUUGUACACAAGGUGGUUCGGGAUGUGCUGCUGCUGGGACACAGACAGGCUUUUGCCUGGGUUGAUGAGUGGAUAGACAUGACAAUGGAUGAGGUGAGAGAGUUUGAGCGUACCAUCCAGGAGGCCACCAACCAGAAGAUUGGGAUGUUUCCCCCGUCAAUCUCCAUCAGCGAGACUCCCCUGUCCUCCUGUGCCCUCACUGGCCCUGCCAGCGCCCCCUCCACACCCAUGUGCACCGAUGCGCCUGAGUCACUUUCUGUCCCCAAGGACCGACCCCGCAAAAAGUCUGCUCCAGAAACCCUGACCCUUCCUGACCCAGCUCCAAGUGGCGUCCCCCAGGGCUCGACCUUAAGCCCCUUACCCAAGUCAAACCACCUCCCGUCGUCCACACCGCCUUCCAACUCUGAGCUUGCUGAGGCGGAAGACCAGUAAAAGGACUUGGAAUCUCUUUCCCUACCCCUUAUUUUCAUUAUUCCGAUUAACCUGUUGUCUUACGUGCCCAAAUGAGACUAGCCUAACCUCCAAACACCAGUGCCCAGACAGUCAAAUUCUCUAGCCAUAUCCAAUGAUUUGCCAUAAUCCUGGACAAACAACAAUUACUCUAGAAGCCUCAUCUGUGUAAUUGAGACCAUCCAGGGCAGCUGUAGGCUAAGCCACUCUGAUGUGGCAGGCUUCCUCUUCCUGUGACUCUAGCCAGCCACAUUUAUUCUAACAACCUCUCACAGUGUUUAGUCAAAGAUCAUCAGAAAUAUAAUUUUUGACUGGCAGUUCUUUAACUCAUCUGAAUAAAUUACACUCAUUGUUUCCUUAGUUGUUAUCAUCAAGCAAAAAGCUGGCUAUGAACUACUGAACUUUGAAUAGUUGCCUUAACACCACAGAGCCAUUGGUGUUUAAUAGUUUUGACAAUAUGUGCAAAUGAAUGAACUUUCAGUCUGUAAAAUGGCUGUUUGUAUACAGUUAGAAAUGUAAUUAAUGACAUGCACUAGAGUAGCACAGUAGAAGCAAUUUGUUAGAAAAACACACACUGAAAAGAGUCAAGAACCCUCAUAAAAGAUCCUCCUAACUGUUUCUUGAGCCAUCCAAACUAGUCAUUAGAUCAGAUUCUGCCCGUCCUUCACGUUCCAAACUCCAUCAAUGUGAGUGAUGCAAGAUCAGUACAAUCAUCGAGUAUACAGCUCAGGUCUCCCCCCGACUCUAUCUGGCACGCACUCCAAAUGCAGGGAUUGUACUGUAUAUUUCUCUCCCUGCUUAUUGCCAAACACGUGCAUUUUGUACCUCCACAGACAUUAUGAUACAGUAAAUAUUGUAUGUAGUAUAUUAGUCUUCUUAACCCUGGAAAUGUUUACACAUCGGAAACCUUGGAGCAUUUGCAUAUUAGCAGUAAUGUUUUGAAUAAACUGUUGUUAUUGCUGCAUUUGUAGUUUUAACAUGACAGUUGAAGUUUAUUACUGCAUAUAUCUUACUAAGUUGACUGAGAGGUCAGUACAACAAAAGUACUUAAUUAUAACCAAGUCAAGUGUUGCCUAAAACUAAUGCUGGACAUCUCAUGUGACAUAAAUGUGAUCCUUUUGUUCAACUCAGUAAAUCACUUUCAUGUCAUAUGCAGGAACAAGGCCAUUUUGGGAGGUUUUAUUCCAAUUCUUUUUUUUUUUUUUUUUUUUUUUGUGCGCAGUGGAGGUAGUAGUAACUCAGUGUUUGAUUGGAGGAUAAGGGCAUGUGCAUCAAGCUGACUUGAGUAUGUGCCUCAUUAGGUGCAAAAUAUUUGCAGAAGUGCUUAAUCUUUUGUCUCACCAGUGUUAGAGGAAAACCGUUUUGGAACAGAAGUAUCAUUUGCAGUGAGCCGUUAUCUGUGACUUGUACCACUUAGGUACCAUCUAAAACCCUGUAGAAGAAACAGAUAUGCCAGGCCAGCAAUUUAUUCUAUGAUAGUAAAAUAUAAUGGUAUUAAUCAAAGAGAGGUUUUUAUAUAUGCUGCAUGGAAUGUUCACAUCAUAUAUUAAAUGAAGUACAUGGAUAUAAUGUAAAUGGAUGGAUUGGUUCACUAUAUUUGGUGAUUGAACUGUGUAGAAAUAAUGAAUACUUACAUUGGGAGUCUGUACUAAUUUUGUAAAAUAGAAAAUCCAGAUUUUGAGUGAAAUGUGAGCAUGUCCAGAGAAUAUACUCUGUAGGCCUAAUAAAUCCUUUGAACUCAGUGCCUCUGCAUGCAAAAUGAUAUCAUUACCUACAUGUAUAUAAACCAAACUCUCUUCUAUUACAGCAACAAAAAUACAAAAUGCAUUGCAUUCUUUUUUGAUGCUUUUUCUGGCUCGAAUGCUGCAUUUAUGAAAGAAUAAAAACAGGAUACGACUCCACAUAAAGUUGCUGAAUUACAGCAUAAUCAGAUUCAUCAUAUCAAGCAACAUCACCAGAUUUUCAAUUAACAGGGCUAACUUAUGUUUUAAUAAACUAGUUAUUUGUUUCCCCCCUCCUUAUACAAUUACUAGCCUACAGCGCAAUGCAUUUUGCACUUUCCAAUCUUUGACACCUUAUUUGACAAUGAAGGAAUGUGUUACAUUACGGUCUUGCUGGGUUUGUUGGACCAAAGUCCCAUAAUACAGCAUAGUAAGUUCGGAGAGAGAAGGUCAAAGAGAGAGGUCCUUGAUGAUCUUGUCAUAAAAUAUUGUUAAUAUUUUGUACAGUUUCUCACUUGCUAUUGUUAAAAAAACAAAAAAAUUGUAGCCAUUUAUCUGUAACUGUAGCUUUUGUCUUUGCCUUUUGAGGAUACAAAUGCUAUAUUCUGGUUAUUGGCCCUCUGUUGAUCUGGUGUGUAUAGAUUAUACAUACUUACAACUCUGGUAUUGACCACCUCUCUUGUCAGGAACAAAGAGAUCCAGGGACAUGCUUGAUCUACCAUGGGCUAUUAAUAUAAUGCAAAACAUCCAAUUGUGUCACAUUAAGCUCUGCUCUGUUUAAAAGAGUAACACAUUAGGUAUUGUAAAUACUGUUGUUAAUGAUUAAUAUAGCAGAUUUCUUAUAUUGAACCUGUUCCAAGUUUCAUUACUGAUGUGACAUGAAUAUGCUUAAAGAUUUUAAACAGACAAAGAAGGAUAUUCUUUUGUGUUUGUGUGAUUAGGAUGGCAUUUUCACAGACAUGGAUUAAAUGUCUGUUUUAUUCUAGGACUAGACUUAAUAUGUGUCUAAUCAAUGAAGUUGUCAUCUAUUUGCGCAUACGGAAUUUGUUUAUGUUUACUUUUCUCAGUUAAGUAUCAAGAUUCCUCAUUGUAGUGGUGCACUUUUGACUCCGGUUGCUUUUGAUGACCCUGCAGGGCAAAUUGAUUUUCCAACUAGUACAACAACAUUAAGCUUUUCUUUUUAGUGGUGUGGCUGCUUUGAUGUUUACUCGCCAUGUUUAUUGAGGGUUGAUUGGCUUUUGUUUUCUUUUAUGUAGUAAACCUGCUGUAUACUCUGAUUUUGUGAUUGCUGUAUUGUUUGAAACAAGUUUUUAUCAUCAUUUCUUUGGACAAAAGGACCAAGCGUUUCACUCCUCCUUCCCUCUUCCUGAUGCAGUUUGCAUUCGGCCAGGCUGUUGUGCUGUCUCCUGUUAUUUGGGACCUGUCUCACAAACCAGAAUCACUGAGUUACUUGGGAUCUAUCGCUGAGUACAAACACAACUCAGUGUACUGCAGUAUGUGCAGAUGUGUUUCUUUCCUCAUUAAUCCUGCUUUGUGACACAGGCCCCAGAAGUGCCAUUCUUGUUUAGCUGCUGGAAGUUGCUCUUAGUUCUUCCACUUAAACUGUUGUAUUAUGUUUUUACUGCAGUACAAGGUUAAUUUAGUUCUUUGUUGUAAUUAUUGUUUUACUUUUUUUUUCUGAAAUAAACAA